CUGCACUACGGGACCCUCCUGGGCAGCAGAGCUUGUGCCCACAUGGCAGCAGCUGCCUGGGCCAGGGCCUUUCUCCAUGCUCUCAUGCACACAGCCAAUACAUUUUCCCUGCCCCUGUGCCAUGGCAAUGCCCUGGGCCAGUUCUUCUGUGAAAUCCCACAGAUCCUCAAGCUCUCCUGCUCCGACUCAAACCUCAGGAAAUUUGGACUUCUUGUGUUUUCCAUCUGCUUAGCACUUGGCUGUUUUGUGUUCAUUGUUUUCUCCUAUGUGCAGAUCUUCAGGGCUAUGCUGAGGAUCCCCUCUGAGCAGGGACGGCACAAAGCCUUUUCCACCUGCCUCCCUCACCUGGCUGUGGUCUCCCUGUUCCUCAGCACUGCCACAUUUUCCGACUUGAAGCCCCCCUCCAUCUCAUCCCCAUCCCUGGAUCUGGCCCUGUCAGUUCUGUACUCGGUGGUGCCUCCAAUCAUCAAUGCAGUUAUUGAAAUCCACGCUGGCUGGCUCUGA